AUGGUUCCUCUUAAUUCUUCCGUUGUUGCUGUGGAGCACCACAAAGCUAGGGACCGAGCCAGGCACGCCCGUCUCUUCAGUGGCCUCGUCAACUUCUCUGUAUAUGGCUCUGCCGAUUCUUUCUACUACGGAAUUUAUUUCACAAAAGUGAAAUUAGGCACUCCCGCCAGAGAAUUCAAUCUACAGAUUGAUACUGGGAGUGACCUAACCUGGCUCAACUCCAAGUCCUGCCCGACGUGUCCACGCUCAAGCCGAUUCGGGAUCGAGCUCAAUCCAUAUGAGGCGGCGGCGUCUUCCACUUCCAAGCCCAUUUCUUGCUCGGACAAGAUUUGUGCUGCAGUUGCUCCACGGAAUGCAUCGCGUUGUCCGAGGAACGACCAACUCUGUGGCUAUGCAUUGGAGUAUAUGGAUGGGGCGACUACAUCAGGAAAUUACAUGGCGGAUACUUUUCACUUCGAAUCGAUUCCGUCGGGCUCCACUACUCCUAAUGCCUCAGCGGCAAUCCUAUUCGGUGUCAGCACCUACCGGUCCGGUGUCUUGGCUGAGACAACCCUAGCUGUUGAUGGCAUUUUCGGAUUUGGAAAAGGCAAUCUGUCCGUUCUCUCUCAGUUAUAUUACAGAGGGAUCACACCUCGAGUUUUCUCCCACUGUUUGAAAGGAGAGGGAACUGGAGGUGGGGUUUUUGUACUUGGAGAGAUUACAGCUCCAGGGAUGGUGUACACCCCACUCGUCCCAUCACAGCCCCAUUACAGCUUACACUUGGAGAGCAUUGCAGUUGAUGGACAGACGGUACCAGUUGAUCCUCGAGCCUUUACACCAUCGGCUGAUCGUGCAACAUUUAUUGAUACCGGAACAACAUUGUCGUACCUUGUUGAAGAAGCAUACGAUCCAUUUGUCCACAGUGUUAAUGCUGCUGUAUCAAAAUUCGGGACUCCUAGAAUGAAAAAUGGGUACCUUUGUUACCCAAUCAGUUCCAGUAUAUGCAGGCUAUUUCCUCCAGUAAGCUUGAACUUCGUUGGCGGCGCUUCUAUGCUACUAAAACCUGAGCAGUACCUUGUUCUUUAUGACGUAAUGACACAGGAUGGCAGCAUGUGGUGCAUAGGUUUUAGGAAGCUUCAAGGACUAACCAUUUUAGGAGAUCUUGUUAUCAAGGACAAGAUUUUCGUGUACGAUUUGGUUCGUCAACGGGUUGGAUGGGUUGAUUACGACUGCUCGUCAUCAAUGAAUACCUCGGUUUCUAGCGAAGACUUCUUCAAUCCGAAGCAGUCAAGCUCGAGCAGCUCCUCGAGAGACUUGCUCUUCCAGUUACUUACCAUAGCCAUCGUCACUGCAUUCUUAUCCAUUUAG